GCCUCCCUACCUUUCUCACAACACAGAGUAAAAAAACCGAAGACAGAGAGAGACAACGAUGGCUUGUAAUUGGUCAGCUGAAAAUGCCACUAGAGCCUACCUCAACACCAUGAAAAUGGGAAAGAGAGCGAAAGAGCCGGACGUGGCAGAGUUCAUCUCAGCACUUGCUGCAGGCACCAAUGCACAACUCAUGGUGGUGGUUGCAGGCGGAGUUGCCGCACGCUCCACCACCCUCGCACUAGUCGCGGCUGCCCACCAAACAGGCGGCCGUGUUGUCUGCAUCCUUCGCGGUCCAGAAGAGCUCCGCCUCACAAAACGUGGGCUGGGUCCUGACGCGACACAUGUCGAGUUUGUCAUCGGGGAAGCUCGAUAUCUGCUCACAAAUCGCUACAGGGAAGCAGAUUUUGUUGUCAUUGAUUGUGGUCUUUCAGACCAUGAUAGCCUCUUUAGAGCAGUUCAAGCAGGGGAGAGGAGGAAUGGAAAUGGGGCAAUUGUUUUGGGCUACAAUAUUGCUGUCAAUAAGGAGUCAUGGUCAUGGGGUGGGUCAGAAACACAGUUCCUGCCCAUAGGAGAAGGGCUGCUAUUGAGCAGAAUAGCUGCAAGAGAAAAGGUUGGAAUUGGUGGCAGUUUUAGGAGAUGUCGUCACUGGAUUGUGAAAGUUGAUAAGUGCACAGGGGAGGAGCAUGUGUUUAGGGUUAAAUCACCACAGAGGAGAUUUGUUGAAGCUUAAAUUUCUAAAC